AUGGGCUUCAAGGAAUUUAUGAAGAGCCGCUCUGGCUUGCGCGUUGACAACAAAAAGACUACCUCGGCUGCGACUUUGACUCUGCGUCAGAGUUUGUGGCCGCUGACACUAGUUACCAUUCUGUUCUUUUUGUGGGGAUUCGCCUAUGGAUUGCUGGAUACCUUGAACAAACACUUCCAGAAUACCCUCCACAUUGACCGAGGACGUUCUUCUGGUCUCCAAGCUGCUUACUUUGGUGCAUACCCCUUAGCCUCUCUCGGCUACGCAAACUGGAUCCUCCGUCAUUAUGGCUACAAAACCGUCUUCAUCUUCGGUCUAGUCCUCUACGGCAUAGGUGCUCUAUGCAUGUGGCCGGCAGGUCUGAAUCAAUCCUUCGGCGGUUUCUGCGGUGCAACUUUCGUCAUUGGAUCCGGACUGGGUUCACUGGAGACAGCAGCUAAUCCAUAUCUAACGGUCUGCGGUCCACCCCGCUACUCUGAGAUUCGAAUCAACUUCGCCCAGGCCUUUAAUGCAAUUGGCACUGUCGUUGGGCCUGUUCUAGGCUCUUACGCUUUCUUCACCGAGACUUCGGAUGAUGUCGCUGCUCUGCAACGCGUGCAAUGGGUCUAUCUCGCCAUUGGUAUCUUCGUUUUCUGCCUUGCCACUGUGUUCUUCUUUUCGAAUAUCCCUGAAGUCACCGAUGAGGAUAUGGCUUUCCAGGUGGCACAGACUCAUGUCGACGAGCAGGAUAGGCCGUUCUGGAAACAUUAUAAAUUGUUCCAUGCGACGCUUUCGCAGUUUACGUAUACUGGAGCCCAAGUCGCUAUCGCUGGCUACUUCAUCAACUAUGCUACAGAGACCUGGCCGGGUACGUCCAAUGCCACGGCUGCGAAGUAUCUCGCCGGAGCGCAGGGCGCUUUUGCAGUUGGUCGAUUCCUCGGUUCGGGCAUCAUGAAGUAUGUCAAGGCUCGCUGGGUCUUCUUGGUAUAUCUGUCAUGCACGGUGGCAUUCCUUGCGGCGUCCGUGACACAGACAAAGCAAGCUGGCAUUGCCAUGCUAUUCUUGACACUCUUCUUCGAGUCCGUCUGCUUCCCUACAAUCAUGGCUUUGGGCAUCCGCGGCCUGGGCCGCCAUUACAAACGUGGAUCUGGAUUCCUCGUCGGUGGUGUUUGUGGUGGUGCUGUCGUUCCUCCGAUUCUGGGUCAUGUUGCUGAUAUGCGUGAUGAUACCGGGUUUGCAUUUAUCGUUCCGACUAUGUUUAUGGUCGUCGCCUGGACCUACGCCGUCGCCGUCAACUUCGUUCCUGCAUACGUGAGUACGGUUGACAAAGUCGGCGAGAGCACGAUUGGUCUCGAGGGCUCGGAUAGCAAGGAUGAAGAGGCUGCCAUGGAGACUCAUCAUGAUUCUUCGGCUUUUGAUGAGAAGCACCAGGCUGUCCAUGUGGAGCGGUAG